UUUUUCUCCUUCCGUUCGUCAACGUUUCUUUGCUGUUCAACAACGUAGUGAAGAGUGAGAGCACUUGCCGUCUAUUCAGUAGAACUGGACCCAGCUCCGAACCAUCAGUCCUCAGCGCAGUGAGACGGGAUGAAAUUUAAGAAAUUGCUGGGCUUUGUCAUGCUUCUUACCGUCGCAGGUGUGGAGGCUGAUGACUGUCCCAUGAAAAUCGACCCCCCUGCAGUGGUGGUGAAAUAUGGAGACCCAGUGUCAGUGAACUGCACUGUGUUCACAGAGCACGUGGGGAUGGGCUGGGUGGCUAAACAAAACCCUGUACCAAACCAGCCAGGUGUCCAGUUUCUCCUCUGGACUGUUGAAAAUCUGACAGUGUGGGAUAUAAACCCUCAGUGCUUUGCAAACUUUAAGGGAGUUCCUCAGUGUUUGAGAAAAGUGUCAGUCACCGUGUACAACACUCCAGAUAGUGUCUCCAUCAGGUCUGAGAACCACACUGGCCCUUUGGUGGAGGGGUAUCAAUACAAGCUGGUGUGUGAGGUCCAGAAUGUGGCUCCAGUUCAGAACCUCACAGUGAAGUGGUACAAAGGCACUGAGGUAGUGAACAUAACCUUGCAUCCUGGAGAAUCCAAGACACCUGUGAAUGUGUCCUCCACCCUCCUGAUCACCCCUAAUAGAACAGAUGAUGGAGCUCAAUACAAGUGUGUGGCAGAGCUGCAGCUGGGAUCCGAAAGAGAAUGGUCCCCUCCUGCAGUGGAAUCUGAAGCUUUCAGUAUCACAGUGCACUAUUCACCUGUGAUCAGCAAGGGGGGUGAAAAUGUGACCAUGGCCCAGGGAGAGAUGGUGUUUCUGUCUUGCAGAGUCCAAGGAAAUCCCUCUCCUCAUGUCCAGUGGGUCUCACCUUCAGGGAAUGUAAAUCACAGCACAGUAAAAAACAACUCCAUUGCAAUCAAAGUCUCAGCUGACAGUCCUGGAGUUUACACAUGUACUGCCAGUAACCACCUGGGCAAUGCCACCAAGAUAUUCUCUGUUACUGUGAAUUCCCCAAGCUCCCACUCAUUGACUACAACAGCACUGCCAAAAGACACUCCAGAUAGUGUCUCCAUCAGGUUUGAGAACCACACUGGCCCUUUGGUGGAGGGGCGUCAAUACAGGCUGGUGUGUGAGGUCCAGAAUGUGGCUCCAGUUCAGAACCUCACAGUGAAGUGGUACAAAGGCACUGAGGUAGUGAACAUAACCUUGUAUCCUGGAGAAUCCAAGACACCUGUGAAUGUGUCCUCCACCCUCCUGAUCACCCCUAAUAGAACAGAUGAUGGAGCUCAAUAUAAGUGUGUGGCAGAGCUGCAGCUGGGAUCCGAAAGAGAAUGGUCCCCUCCUGCAGUGGAAUCUGAAGCUCUCAGUUUCCCUGUGCACUAUCCACCAGUGAUCAGCGAGGGGGAUAAAAAUGUGAUUGUGGACCAGGGAAGCAUGGUGUCUCUGAACUGCACUGUCCAGGGGAAUCCCUCUCCUCUCUUCCAGUGGACCUCACCUUCAGGGAAUGUGGAUUUCCUCACUCCUAAGAAAAACAAUUCCAUCAUUUCAGCAGACAGUUCUGGAGUUUACACAUGCAGUGCCAGUAACUACCUGGGGAGCACCACUAGGACAGUCUCCAUUACUGUGGUAAAAAAAGAUUAUACCAUUUUUGCUGUGAUACCAGUAGCUAUUUUGUUUCUCCUAAUUGCCUUCAUCCUCUUCCUCAUGAAAAGAAAAAGACAGUAUGGGAAUUACUCUGUUUCCAAAAGACAUUCAGAACACACAGUGAAUCCAAAUAGUAUACCAAUGCAAUGUUUGAUUAGUAAUGGAGCCCAUCAGUCUUUACAGAAAAGCACAGCAGAUACAGAAGACCAGGACUGAACGUAGUUGAACGAUGGAGAUCGGAGUGUGUAACUUCACUUUUCAAAUGUUUCUUUUGGAAAUACUUUCUUUAAAAUUCAGGCAAACUCCAACACGACACUGGAAAAGGAUGGGGCUGAGAUGGCCUGAACUCUUCAAUACGUGGUUGAAGAUUAAUUGCAGUUUUACAGUUAUUCUAUUUAAUACUGUUAUUGUAAUGCUAUUUUAUACUUCUUUUACUUUACGUGAAAAACAGCAUUUGGGAAUUUGAUGUGUAAAGUUCAACAGUGGGAUUUUAAAUUUGUAAAUUAAAAGGAGUGAAGUAGGUUCUAUAUAAACACACAAGUGUACCUUAGUCCAGGUGGUGCAAAACUAGUCCUUGGCCAAAGUAUCGCUCAUGUUUCAACCCUUUUUGUGUUUUCUCACGUGCAUUGAAAAUACCCCGUGUUUCUGCUUUGUAAAUAGU